UUGUUGCCGAUCAGUUUCAGCCGGAGUCCCACCCUCGGCGCGUCACUUGCAGCUCACAGGCAGGCGGUGAGGGCUGGGGUGGGGGGUGUGACUGCGAUCCGGCUGGCCGGCCGGCCACUCUCACUCGCUCCUUGGCUGCUCUGCACGGCGCAUUCACACCUGAGACAGGACAGAAGGAGGAGGAGGAGACGGAGAGAGAGAGAGAGGAAAGGAAGGAGGGAGGGAGGGAGGACAACAUAGUGACCACCUUUCUCCCCCACCCUUCCCCUCCCAUCAGUUCAGCAGAGCCCCCCACCCCAACCCCUCCCCUCCCCCGGGUGAUCGCCGGCAGCAGCAACAUGGCUCGACCUGCAGCCACAGCGAUGCUGUCGGCGAAUGGCUUCGGCUUCGGCUUCCCCCCGCAGAAUUUCGCCCGGGUUGUGGUGUGGGAAUGGCUGAACGAGCAUGGUCGCUGGAGACCCUACAGCGCGACCGUGUGUCACCACAUCGAGAACAUCAUCAAGUGCAAUGCCAGAGGGAGCGUGGUGCUGGGGCAAGCGGACGCUCAGCUCUCCCCUUACAUCGUCGACUUGCAAUCCAUGCAUCAGUUCAGGCAGGAUACAGGAACCAUGCGUCCAGUUAGAAGAAACUUCUAUGACCCCUCUUCUGCUCCAGGAAAAGGGAUAGUUUGGGAAUGGGAAAACGACAGUAGCUCCUGGACUCCGUAUGAUAUGGAUAUUUGUAUAACCAUUCAGAAUGCAUAUGAGAAGCAGCACCCUUGGUUGGACUUGACUUCUCUAGGAUUCUGUUACAUUAUUGACUUCAACAGUAUGUGUCAGAUGAACCGACAGACACAGAGGAAACGUCGACUGCGUCGACGAAUGGACCUGGCCUAUCCUUUGACUAUGGGUUCUAUCCCUAAAUCACAAUCUUGGCCUGUUGGCACACAGUCGGGACAGCCAUGUAACUGCCAACAGUGUGUCCUGGUUAACAGCACAAGGGCAGCCUCCAAUGCCAUCCUGGCGUCCCAACGACGGAAAAUUUAUUCUGCCACGAACGGGACUCUUACUGUGCGUCAGAGUAAUUCCUACAAUGGUGCGGCCUUGUGGUCGACCGCGAGCACAGCUGGGAUCACCCCUCCAAGGUCCGAGCAGACCCGCUCUCCAACUACAACUCAACUCUCUCCUAUCUCCCAAAGCCAGAGCGCUACCACGACAACCCCAAUACCAGGCCAGAACAACCUGAACAGACCAGGUACCCAAAGGUCAGCUGUAGUCAGCACAAGGGCUUCGAUUCCUCCUGGUGUUCCUGCUCUACCAGUGAAAAACUUAAAUGGAUCUGGUCCUGUCCACCCAGCACUUGCAGGUAUGACUGGGAUUCUAAUGUGUGCAGCUGGCCUUCCAGUGUGCCUGACUCGGGCUCCCAAACCCAUACUUCAUCCACCACCUGUCAAUAAAAGUGAAAUAAAGCCUGUUCCUGGGAUUUCUGGUAUCUGCAGAAAAACUAAGAAGAAGCAUUUAAAAAAAGGAAAAUCUCCAGAGGACGUGGUGCGACGAUACAUGCAGAAGGUCAAGAAUCCGCCAGAUGAGGAUUGUACCAUCUGUAUGGAAAGGCUGGUCAGCUCAUCGGGCUAUGAGGGUGUCAUGAGCCUGAAAGGAGUGAAACCAGAACUUGUUGGAAAGCUCAGUAAAUGCAGUCACAUGUACCAUCUCCUGUGUCUCGUGGCCAUGUACAACAAUGGCAACAAGGAUGGCAGCCUGCAGUGCCCCACUUGCAAGGCCAUCUAUGGGGAGAAAACCGGAACGCAGCCCCCUGGGAAGAUGGAGUAUCACGUGAUCCCACAUUCACUGCCUGGAUACUCGGAAUUCAAAACAAUUCGCAUUGUCUAUGACAUCCCAGCAGGACUACAAGGCGUUGAACACCCCAAUCAAGGAAAAAAGUUCACUGCCAGAGGCUUUCCACGACACUGCUACCUGCCUGAUACAGAAAAAGGCCGAAAGAUUCUGAAGCUCUUGAUUGUGGCAUGGGAUCGCAGGUUGAUAUUCACCAUUGGAACGUCCAACACCACUGGAGAAACGGAUACUGUAGUGUGGAAUGAAAUCCAUCACAAAACGGAGUUUGGAUCAAAUUUAACCGGACAUGGCUACCCAGAUCCUAACUAUUUGGAAAAUGUCCUGGCAGAAUUAUCUGCCCAGGGAGUUGUGGAGGACUGCAUAAAGGACUGAGAAGAGGACAUGAAGAACUAGUCAAUAAGAUUUUUGAACACUGAAGAUCAUACCCUGAAUGUAAAGUACAUGACUAGGGUUUAAAUAUGCUUUGCUUUACUGCCUUGACCACUACUUUGUUAACUCCAGUUCAGGCUAGUUAAAACCAAACUGUGUUGGCCUGAUUCAGUUUAUUGGUGGCAAAUUACAGUGAUAUACUGUGCAAGUCUGCAUCUGUUAUUCCUUAUGGAAGAAUCUCCACAAUAUUAAUAAUUAGGGGCAGGCAAAACAAGAGAGGGCUGUCGAGUUGACAGUUGAUUGCACUGGUCAUUCCUUUAAAUAAGAACAGAAAUGUUUUCCAUUUGGUUGAAUCAUACGCAGUGCACCUCCUGCUAUAAUGCAGCUAAAUGUGCACAUUGAGGCAAAAAAAAAGCGUGUUUAGUUGUAGGAAUGCUGGCAUCAGUCGACAUGUCGCUUUCUAGAGACCAUAAGCCGUACGUAAAACAUGCAGCAUUUUCAUAACUAACUUGUGUACAUCUCUCAGGGAUGUCAGUCCUUUUAUUGAGUGUGUCGCUGUAAAUAGUGUACAGUUGACAGAAGGAGGAGGAAAGUAGCUUUGCAUGUGAAAACUGUAUGGCUUAAAAAGUGCCCAUUUUAUCUUACUUUAUCAAAUGGACAGCAACACCAUGGAGCAUUUGAAAACAGUUUUGACAAAGGUAGUUUAAAUUUAAAGACACUGCUUAUAAAGCGUUGUUCAGAAAUAACUAAGGGCUUGUUCUGUGUUAAAGAUCCGUCUCGUUACUCCAUUAGUCCAGCUAAAUAUUAGUGUCCUGGUAGCCCAUGAUGCAUGUCAGUAACAAUGAAUACAUAUGUCCUCAGUCGAGGUUGUUUAUUUAAAGUUAACUUUUGUAACUAUAGAUGUUGCUAUACUUCAUAGCCAAGUAUGUCACAGUCUUAACUGCAUCAUUUAUGUCUACUGUGUUUGAGACUAUUAUGUUUAUGAAUUUGGCAGUGAAUGUAUCUGAAGCCAAGACAUUUCCUUUUCAUUAAUGUGAAUGUUUCUGUUUUUAAUUUUAAACAAUGACUCAAAGCUCUACAUGCAACUCAAUGCACUUAUUUAGCUGUCAGAUUAUGUGAAAGGAUUACUUCAGGGGGGUAGUCCUGGGAUGUUGCUUUUAAGAGGAUUUCAAAGACACAACAGCUAUACAAUCCAGCCCAGAGGCAGAAAUUGGAUAACAUUCCUGCCAAAUAAAGCCAGUGGAUCAAAAAGUGGAUGUCUACUGACAUCUGGGCUGAGCUCUUUUGUCAGAGGGAGGCUGUGUGGUGUGGAAUGCUGCAAAGCUAUGAACAGUUUACAAAAUGGUGAUAGCUAUAGAAGUGUUCAAUAUUAUCCUGACACUGCUGUCAAAUCCAUUGUGUUCACAGUCAUUACUGGCAAACGUAAUGUACAACAAACGCUGUUUCUGCAAGUUACAUUCUCGUUGCUGGCUUAUUUGAUAUUCAACUUAUGAAACUUAUUGCCAAAAAAUUUGUAGGGAAAAUAAAUGAUAAAGGAGAAGAUUAUUGGCAUUUCCUUUAGGGUAGGGAACACAGUAUGUCAAAGAUGAACAAAAUGUAUUCAAUAGCCAAAGUGUUUUGAAGGAUGCUCGGUAAAAUGGCAAUCUCUCCUGUUUUUUAAGACAACUUUAAAAAAGGAAAUUCAAAUUGCUUUUUUGUUAGAAAUGUGCAAGCAAAACCGGGAAACAUUGGAUGCAUAAAGUGAAAAGAGAUGUCAAAGGCUUUCUAGAAAGCAGGCUAACCUUGAAACUAAAUGAUGGGAGAUUUUUAAAAUAAAAAUAGUUGCUCAAUUCCUUUUACCUGUGGCUAAAAGUGGAACUGCUCUGUCUGCCUCUGUUUCUCAUAGCACUUGUUUGUCUGCUAGGGAACGAUGUCCUGAUGAACCUGUUCUAUUCUGAUGACACUUGCAGUUAUAAUCCUAGUCUCAACCCAGAACUGCCAUAGAAAUGCACUGGAAGACCAGCAAAUGCACUGCAUUUGAUCCUGCAGAACAUGUCUUAAACCAGAAAAACUGUUAGCCACCGCACCUAUGCUAAAUUUACCAGUAACAUUGAUCUGGCAGCAUUAGAGUGAGCAGCAGAUGGUGCCAAUGGAGCUACUAGCAAUAUAGCAUAUUAUAGAUUCUGAAACAAACUCAUUUUUAUAUAGAAAUGAACACAUUAACAAAGCAUGUGUAAAUAGUGUAUUGAUGUCAGUGUAUUUUAAGAAGUGUAAGGGCAAUAGGGGCUGAAUUUUAUGGCCCUGUCACGGCGGAGGUGGGGUUGGAAAAUGCGACGAGCCGUUCGAAAGUCCAUUGACUUCAGCGGGACCAGAAAAUCCCGCCGGUGGCAGGGGCUGUAAAAUUCCACCCAUUAUAUAGACCUAGGCAGGUUCAAUUUAAAAAGUAUUAAAUUGAGCAUGUAUAAUCAAGUCAGUGCCAAUGGUAUUGGAAAGCAUAAGGUAUUUUGGUUAACUCUCAUUUGGAAGGUUGAAUAUAAUCACAGUUAUUUUAGGAACUUAAUUCUGAAGAUGUUAAUGUAGAAAAUGUGACAAAUGAUUUAUUUUAUAAUUGUAUUUGCAUAACAAGUUGAACGUGAAUCAAUCAUCCUGAGGCCUGUUACUAAGCUAGCAAUAUCCCUUGUGCUCAGCUGACAAAUGGGCCAUGGCUUUAAAUUCCACUUUCUACUUCUGUGAGGAACAGAUGAGGAUUGUGCUAAGUAGGGAAGAUAUUCCUUAAAGGGUCAGAUUAAUGACAGUGAAUAAGCAUAAACAGUAUAAGUUACCUAUGUUUUAAUAUAUUUAGACUCGCUAAAGUUAUCACAUUUUAAAUGUAUUUGCCAAGAAAUGUACUAAUUUUCAUUCAUGUUGACACGAAUUUACACAGUUGUGAAGAGGGGUCCUAUAAUAGGGAACACUUUGCAGGUCUAAAUAACAAAAUGUCAUGCGUUUCGUAAGAAAAAAAAUAUUCCUAAGGACCCAUUAUAUGCAGAGGAUCCAUUAACAUACUGAAAUAUUAGCAGGACUCUACAGGCUUUGAUACUUGGGUUGAAUUGUACAUUGACAGGGAUGAGAACAAAUCCUUUUUGUAUAUUAAAUAAAUGAGCAACUUUGUAUUGAUACAGAGAAAAACAAAAAUGUUGGAAACCAUCAACAAGGUCGGGCACCUUCAGUGGAGAGAGAUGAAGGGACCAAUGAAGGUCAUUGGUCUGAACAGUUAACUUUGUUUUUCUCUGCACAGAUACUGCCUGACCUGCUGAGGAUUUCCAACUUCUUCUGUUUUCCUCGCAGAUUCCCAGUAUCCACAAUCGCAAUGUUUUGCUUUUGAUUUUGAGUAGCUAAACUUCUAGCUCUACACAAUGUUGUCCUUGGCCAAUUAGUAUAUUUUACCAGGAAAGCACCUUGUACUGAUCAUUGAUACAAAACACUAAUUAAGAAAUUGAGGAAAGACUUAAUUCAUCACUCUUGAGAGCAAAUGGUUCUUAUUUUUACCUUCCCCAAUUAGUGUAGUGUCAUCAACAUUCCACUGAUCCAUGGAUUGAGGCUUUUGCCUAGAAACUAUGCACCCACAAUUUGCCAGGGAUAACAUUGCACUGAAAACAAACAGAAGAGUCAGAUAGCAGAAAACAAUUUUACAGGCGCUCGUUUUUUUUUUUAAACGUCAUUAACUUGCUCGUGUUAAUGAGUUUUAUUUUCCACCUGCCCUAUCAACCUAGUCAGAGUGGUAUUGACUUAGCCCAAUGACACCUUGAAAUUUUACAGUGUAGAUUCCUUAGUUCUCUACCAUCGACAGAAUUCUGUGUAAGAUCACUGGCAAGAUGAGCAACAUGCCUGAUAUUUAUCCAAAUAACAAAUGUCAAGCUUAAGUUAAAUAACCUUGAGUUAAAUGAUCAUUGAGCACUGUAAUUACUUGAGAAAAAAAAAUCAUAAAUAGAAUCAAGAUGAUUGUUAACAACCACAGUGAUAUUUUCAAUCUAACUCAUCCGGUAGAAAAUGCAUGGAAUAGGGUAAGCAUUGGUUUUGCACCCACAUUGACUUCGAUGGAUAGUAAUGUGAGACAGGGUGUGAAACCGGUGUUGCACCCAAUCCUGUCAGUUUCUGAAUGUAUGGGUUGGUUUAAAAUUGCCCCCAUAUACAGCCAUGGAGAAUAAUGGUGAUGGACAAGCAAUGGUUAAGUUAGCAUUCUUGAUAAUUAAGUUAAGUUUUAAUCUCAAAUAUUUCAUUUUUGGAAAAGUGUUGUGUCCUAAAAGUGCAAAUUAUGUUGAAGGGAAAGUGGACAAACAAAAUGUUAAAACAAAGGAAGUUAGAAGGAAAGGAACAGAAAAUUGCCAUUAAAAUGUAGCUAUUCACUUCAGUCUUUAUGUUUGUCACAUUAAAGUGAAAGACAAAGUACAACAAACACAAACUUAAGAGCUUUUGGAGCACACGUUGCUGAAAGUUCCAGAUUGUUAGAUGGGGCCUACAUUCUGGAGAAGGUCUGAGAUCUUCGACCUCCUUUACAACUCCCAUUCUUCUGUUUUCUUGCUGGGAAACAAGAAAACAAACAGGACUCUUGACAGCCUGACAUGAUGCCAUUGUAGCUAAGCACUGAUGUUGUCACAUCUCUCGCCAGCGUACAUUUGCCCUAUUCUGUAUAGAUAUUGAAAAUGGCAUUGGGAGCUCCAGGCAAUUCCUAUAACAAGGCAAGUGCUUCUUUCAAAUCAGUUUGGUACAAGCUCCUUAAGAGGGGGGGGAUCUUCACUUUAUAAAUCUAGGCAGGACUUUCUGCUUUAAGACCAACUAUGGUCACAGGUUGUGUGACAUGGCUGCUUUUAAAUCAACAGUAGAAAAAUAUUCACUAGAAAGUAAAAGUUGGAUAUCAUCAUGUGAAGUGGAAAUGAAUUGCACAAAAUAAAGACCUCAAUUCAACUUAAACUUACAAAGUCAUUCAUCGUGAAUUCAAAGAAUCAUAACUUCUAUGAUUCAGCUGGCCAGAGAGAUCUGGUUGGAGCCAUGUGCCAAGCUCAAAUGUUCUUACUUUUGCUUUAAUAAAUGAGAACUGUUAGCCAUUAUGUGAACAACCAUGUUUAAAUAUCACACUUGUAGCUGAGGCCAUUGUGAUAUUACAUCAUAUAUUUCAAAGAGUCAUACUGUUAUACAGCACAGAAGCAGGCCCUUUGGCCCAUCGUGUCUGUGCCGACCUUGAGGUAUGAAUUAUGUGAUGUAAUAUCUCCUAGGUCCUAAAUGAGAUACCAAAUAUGAAUUGCCUUUACAAAAGACCAAGUUAUUUAAAGUGGGAUAAAGUAACCAGUAAACAAACGAUAUAAUUUUUAAUUGUACUAAAGUGAAAGUGUUCGUUGAAGAGUAAUGGGUGCCCUGAGCAUAGUGCUGUGAGGUACAUUAAUAAUUUCACUGGAUUUGAAUAUCUAGCACCUAGUUUAACUUUAAACUCAGCCAUUUUGGACUUUGUGGAAACAAACCCUAUCAGAUCCAUGUACGACUACAGAUUAUGUAAAAUGCUUCACAUUUGAAAAGAAUGAGACAUGUAAAUAUUUGUGUCCUGUUCUAGUUUUAAGGAGAGAUUGCCUUGGGGGAAAUGUGAUGUGUUGUGUUAUAUUUCAUGCAAUCUGGUUCUCUGCACAAUAUUGAUGUAGAUUUUGAUACUGCAAAAUGCGAUAUGGAUCACAAAUUCUUUCUUCCAUGACUAUGUCUUGUGUUGUUAUUUACUCUCCAAUUCAUCUUGAAUUUAUGUAAUGAACUCAUGCAAUAUGUAUAAACUAUUGGAUAAUAUUGGAUUUGCUUGUAACUGUUAGUAAUAAAUAAUGAAUAAACUUUAUUUGGAGGAUA